AUGCAGCAGGCCUUUGCUCACGAGGAGGAGGGUGACAGUAAAAAACCACAAGGGGCCCACAGGCAGAAGACAAACUACACUGCAAAUCACCAAGUCCUGAAGUUGCCGAUCAAGACCCUGCAGGUUUCAAAGCCGACGAGUCAGUCUGCCAACUUGAACUGCAUCCUGGAGCUCAAGAGCCAAGUGUGUGACCUGCAGCAGCAACUGAACGAGGCCAGGACUGAGAACAAACUGCUGAAGAGGAUCCAGCAUCGCCACACGGUGGCACUGCAGCACUUUCAAGACUCAGAGGGCAGCCUCUCACAGAUCCUCACCAAGCACAACAAUGAGGCCCCGAGUCUGCAGGGGUUGCUCCGUGAGACCCGGGCCUGUCGUGACAAUCUGGCACGGCAGCUACAAGCCACAGAAAGCAAAUUCUAAAGAUCAAAGGACAGUCUCCAGCACCUACAGCUCCUCAGCCAGGAUCAGGGCCUGCUGGAGAGGGAGGAACUGAACCUCAGGCUGACCAACGCCACUGAACAGUUGGAUCAGAAGGACAAGAGGAUACUGGUAUGGAGGAGCAGGAGGGUGGGAGACACUUAAGACUCUAGUGUCACAUCCUCCAGAACUCCUAGCAGCACCCAUGGUCACAGCCUGAACAUGUAGAUCAUAUUAUAACACCAAUAUACAGGACCUAUAUAAAGGAACAGAAUUAUUGUCCGAUUUUACACCUUUUUUUGCCUUCUCUUAUAUUUUAGGACUUGGAGAGGAAUCUUGAGUUGUGCCAGGCCUCAUUUAAUCGGCAAAUAGCUACUGAACAAAGAAAGAUCAACGAGGUGAGCAAGAUAUCUUGCUAUCUGCGAGAGCAAAUAUACCAGCUAAGCAGGGACCUUCAAGUAAGUUGCAAGAGAGCUUUUUCCCCAGGCAAUGUUCUUUACAGCAUUAGACGUACAGUCAUUGUUAACAUAGAGUUAUUGUUUAUUGUGCAUACUUCUGUCAUAAUCAGAACGUUACGCAUUUCCCAAUUGAAUUCAGACUACGCAUUUGUGGGAGAAUUUGGUUAAGAUGUCUGGAUCAAUAUUUUCCACAUAAGAUUACCCAUUAGUCAACCAUUGAUACUGAGGGCUUAAU